AGGAUUAAAAACAAUCAUUUGUAAAUUUCGAUAUAUGAUUACAUGUUCAUGUUAAUUUUGAGAAGGGGCUGCUAGUUUCAGUUGAAUCCUGAUGUUCAAUUGACGUCAUAGAUACAUGAACAUGGAUUCACGAUUCGCUCACCUGCGCCAGCGGGACGCCAGUGUGUCGAUGCUGAGGGUGAAGAUGUCCCGCAGGAGGUCUCAGUCCCAGAAGGAGAACAGACAGCGGGCCAUGAACACACGCAGACAGAUGGACCAAAUCCCAGAGAUGGAGAUGUCGUCCCUGGACGCCUCCACUGCGAUGGCCAACAUGUCAGUUACUCGGGGGAAGACACUGAACAAUGCCAAAUCUGCUAAAAUUAUGGCUGCAGAAGAGAGGUUGAAGCAGCUCCAGCGCUGGAAAGAGCGUAAGACUCUUGAAAAGGAGAAGGAAAUGAGAGAAAAGGAGCGUAAAGGUGUUUUUAAGACAGGCCUGUAUCAUCCAAAGGACGGUCUUUCCAUCGCCCCCCUGCCCACAGUCCCAGCUAGCUCAACUAGAUCUAAGGAGUCUUUGAACACAACUGCAUCCCAGAGUGUCAGAGUCACUCGAUCAAUGAAACAGCAGCAGCAGCAGCAGCAAGUGCAAAAGCCUCUAAAGACGCAGAAUCUGAAUACUGCAACAAAAAAAGCUCAACCUGCUAUGGAAAGAUCCACCAGGAGCCAGGUCGCUCCCGUCAAGCCGGCAGCGGCUGCUACCAAGAUCAAAGUUUGUGCCGUGGAGCCGGUCGUACGAGCUGUGUCGACCCGAUCAGCCAACAGGCCUCCGGUUACAGCUCCUGUGGUGAAAGACAAACCUAAGGGCAAGCCUGCAGAUGCAAGAACCACAAGGAGCAGAGCGUUUGUCGACCAUGUGGCCCCCCCUUCUGACCAAGAACAGAACUGUGAAGAAACUGACCACACUGUGGAGCCUGCUGUGUUCAAGGUGCCUGAGAUGCAGGAGCCAGGGGAAGACAUGGUGGUGAACCCAGCUCCAGCCGACUCCAUCCCCGCUGAGGGUCCCGUCGAUGCGCCGCCCUCAUUGUCUUCUUUUGCUCCGACGGAUUUCACUUUCAAGGCUCCUACCGGCUUACCAUCCUUCAAGUUCGAUCCGCUCACUCCUCGCUCUGCAGACGCUUUCCUCACUCCAAGGUCAGCCUGAUCCCCUCUUCUCUGUUGGUUAAACACUCCAUAAGCUUAAACAUGUUUGCAUUGUUACAUAUUAGGGAUGCCAGAAACUGACCAUGAUCCAAAUCGGACAGCCCUGGCGAAUAAUAAUCGAUUAUUUGAAAAAAAAACUCUUGCAUUUGUGAUUUUGAAGUAGUUCCACGAAGAACUCUUCUUUCCUUUGUUCAUCUUUAGUUGUGUUCUCACUCCAAUAAAUCA